CUCGCUGGCCACCCCCUCCCUGGCCGAGCCUCCCCUCCAUCCUGGAUCUCCCUCACCGCGCCGCCUCUACCCAUGACGCCAGUGCCCUCCCCGUCGCCCAGCCGCGCCAGGGCCAGCCCUGUGUCGGGCUGUCACCCUCCGGCCACGACCGGCCCUUCGGCAGCCCCAUCCUUCUACGACCUCCUUCAGCCCUGUGCUGGUCGAGCCCCUCCUCUUCGGCGCCUCCUCCUCUCCUACCGGAACCGCCACGGUACCGUCACCUCCGACGCCCCCACCGAAGCUCCUCCGGCGACCUUCACCGCACCACCGUGUUCCUCGACCUCCUCCUCAACGGCUCCACCGAGCCUCGCCGCCCCGUUCCCCCGCAACGCUGGGUACUUUUCCGACCAGGAGUGAGGCUACGA